AGGACAUCUCAGUUCACUUGCCUUCUGUGGUCACAGACUGAGACCUACUUCGAUAGUGGAUCAGGUUUACUGAACUUCCACAAAGAUGUCCUGUCAGCAAAGCCAGCAGCAAUGCCAGCCCCCUCCCAAAUGCUCGACCCCCAAGUGCCCACCAAAAUGCCCUCCCCCUGUCUCUUCCUGCUGCGGUUCCAGCUCUGGAGGAUGCUGUGGUUCUAGUUGUGGGGGCGGAGGCGGUGGAUGCUGCCUAGGUUCCCACAGGAGAUCCCGCAGACGCCAGCGCCAGAGCUCUGGAUGCUGUGGCAGUAGCGGAGGCCACAGCAGCGGUGGUGGAGGCUGCUGCGGCAGCGGCCACAGCAGUGGCGGUAGUGGCUGUUGUAGCAGUGGCCACAGCAGUGGCGGUAGUGGCUGUUGUAGCAGCGGCCACAGCAGUGGCGGUAGUGGCUGUUGUAGCAGCGGCCACAGCAGCGGCGGGGGCUGCUGCAGUAGCGGCCAUGGCAGUAGUGGCAGCGGAGGAGGCUGCUGUAGCAGUGGCGGUGGGAGCAGUCAGCAAUCUGGGGGCUGUGGCGGAUGUUGUUGAACCGGUCUUCCCCAGUCUACAUCAACUGUAUUAGAAGAAUCAACAAACCAGCGACCCUGCCCCAUUCUGCACCUUUUCCUUCUCUCUUGCUCUCCUGUCUCCUCUCUUCCUUCUUCUGGCCUGAACGCCUAAGAUUUUAGAAGUAUCUAUCAAAAGUUUUCUGGGGGAUUCAUUCUGCUUGAAACCUUGAAUGGCUUCGUCUCAUCCCAGUUCUACUUCCUGUCUUCUAAUCUAGAAAGCACAGAGAGCAGGAGAGGAGACCCCAAAACAAAAUUUAAUGCUCUAUUUUCUGAUCUACAGGGUUCCUUGAUUAAGAUGGAAAAAUAAAAUAAGUUUACUCUGA